AUGCUUGCACCAAAACCAUCCCUGCGCUUCAUUGCACUCGGCUUGAUGCUGAGUCUAGGCACCUUGGCCAUUCUUCUCCUGCAUAUUCGGUCCACACAGGAUCGAAAAUCCCAAUAUAUCCUGAAAACCUCAUCAUCGGGAUUAAACAGUCAAUCACAUUGCGAGCAAACGUCACAGACGCCGUCUUCCACGGAGAAUGACACUUGGGAGUUUAACACAAAGCGCGAUGCCUUGAAUUAUGGCCUUUCCGAUGAGCAGUGUCAACUCGCGUUUCCGAAAUUAUUUGUGGACAUCGAAAAAUCAGCGGCCUUGAAGAAAGCCAUCUCGCCGAUCACUUUUGACGACUUAGACUCGAGGGAAGUAGAGGACGGCAUGGUUCGCGCGAUGAUCGUCCAAGGGCAGCUGUAUAUCAUCGAGUACGCCUCGAUGCCUGUGACGGCUACACGAGCACGCGCUACACUUCAUUCACUCCACCGUGCCUUAAUGGCCGAUCCAAAUCGACACAUACUCCCCAACAUCGAAUUCAUCUUGACGAGCGAGGACUUUGCCACUGAACCGACAGGUCGUGGACCUAUCUGGGCCUAUUCCAAGCGCGAGGCCGAUGACGCUGUCUGGUUAAUGCCAGAUUUUGGAUACUGGGCCUGGCCAGAGGUGCGAAUCGGACCCUACCACGAGAUUCAACGGCGCAUCGCUGCCAUCGACGAUGGAGAGAUCCAUCCUGAUGGCACUGUGACGCCAGGUUUGAAGUUUGCCGAGAAGAAGAAACAGCUUGUUUGGCGCGGCAGCCUUGCGACAAACCCGGCCGUUCGCGGCAGGCUGCUCAAGUCCACGCAAGGCAAAAGCUGGGCAAGCGUCCGAGUGAUUGACUGGGAUGACGAGAACGAUAUUCGCUUCAAUCUGCUGCCUAUUGAAGAUCACUGUCGCUACAUGUUUCUUGCCCACACGGAAGGCCGCAGUUUCUCCGGUCGGGGCAAGUAUCUACUCAACUGUCGCUCCGUCGUGGUCUCCCAUCCUCUCAUUUGGCGCGAGGCACACCACGCCGCGCUGGUCGCCACCGGCCCCGAUGCCAACUUUGUGGAAGUCAGCGAAGAUUUCUCGGAUCUGUCGCGCAAGUUAGACUACUUGAUUGAUAACCCUCAAGUUGCGGAGCGUAUUGCCGAGAAUGCGGUACGCACAUUCCGUGAUCGAUACCUGACACCUGCAGCAGAGUCCUGUUACUGGAGGCGUCUGAUUCGACAGUAUGGAUCUGUCCUGGACUUUGAGCCCAAUUUACAUGCUGCGGGUCGAGAUGGAAAAUUGACGGCGCGUGGUACACCUUUCGAGACGUGGUCCUUAAUGCAUUGA